UCAACUGUCUUGCAACACUGGCAUCUCGAAUCGCGAAAACUACUUAAUCAAUUGUUUUAAAAUAAAGCUUAACCAGAAUGCCCGAUGCCGAACAAUUACCCGAGGGCUGGGAAAAGCGCACCAGCCGCUCCACAGGAUUGAGCUAUUACCUAAAUGUGCACACCAAGGAAUCGCAGUGGGAUCAGCCCACGGAGCCGGCGAAGCGGACCGGCGGUGGUGGAUCCUCUGCGGCCGGAGGAGAUGGCGCCGACGAGGUGCAUUGUCUGCAUUUGCUGGUGAAGCACAAGGGUAGCCGGCGUCCGAGUUCGUGGCGUGAGGCGAACAUCACCCGCACGAAGGAGGAAGCCCAGCUGCUCCUCGAGGUCUAUCGCAACAAAAUUGUCCAGCAGGAGUCAACCUUCGACGAGCUGGCCCGCUCCUAUUCCGACUGCAGUUCCGCCAAAAGAGGCGGGGAUCUCGGAAAGUUUGGCAGAGGUCAGAUGCAGCCGUCGUUCGAGGAAGCAGCCUUUAAGUUGAGCGUUGGCCAGCUAUCUGGCAUCGUCGAUAGUGAUUCCGGCUUGCACAUUAUCCUGCGCAAGUCCUAAGACUUCUCGACCACCUAACCCGCACUCAACUUACUCACGUCAACUGAAUAAAACGGAUUUUACAGCCAUUUCAAUAUAGAA